AUGUUCACUUCUACGCUCAUUACCUUGGCCUCAGUUGCCUCCACUGCACUGGCUGCACCCGCCCUUCACCCCCAUGUCACUCGCGCCGCUGAGCCCAAGUGCCCCAUCGUCUUCGACGGCCGUGUCCCUGCCAACAUGACACCCGUCUCCUUCGAUACUCAGGCCACCAACACGCUCUUCAACGCCGACUUCGUCAAGGGCAACAACCUAACCUGGUCUCAGAUCCUCAAGUUCCCCAACGAGUCCUCGCGCUUCGAUGGCGACAAGUUCAAGGCUGUUGAGGUGACCAUCUCCGAUGAGUCCAUCUUCCAGAAGCAGCUGGGAUUCCGCCGCGCCGGUCUCCAGUUCCUCAAGGAUGCCCCUGACGGCGAGGGUGGCAAGGGUGUCAAGACCCUCCACUGGAGUGUCAAGCAGGACUCCGCCAGGCCUUUGAACCUCACCCACGAGUACCUCAACGUCUGGCACGAGGCUGCCGACUUCAGCAACAACCAGAUUCAGUUCCAGACUGGAUCUCUCAUUGGAAAGAGCGAUGCCGACAAGGACCAGUUCAAGAUUCUUGACCGUGCCGGCAAGUGGCUUUGGAACGUCAAGAUCGACCAGACCCAGUGGCAGAACUUUGCUAUGACCCUCGACUACACCAAGAACGAGACAACCAUCUUCUACUCCGCCGGCCAACAGGAGCUCAGGAAGGUCGCCGGACCUUUGUCCGUCAACCUUGCUGGUCUCGGCCAGUUCCAGAUGGGGAUCCUCAAGAAGCCCACUGGUACUGACGACGUCGCCAACGCUGGCUUCCAGGAGGCCAACCUUGACGAGGGCCAGAUCUACGGUGGUCUCUUCCUUGAGGACUCUAGCUCCGGCUGCGUUUCUCUCUAA